GUUUCAUCAACGGGGGAGAGUGAGACAGACUCAACAUGAUCUGUGUGCGGGUGCAUCAGUCAGUGGUUUUCUUAUCAAUCAUCGUCGCCACAAUUUCAUAUUAUCUCUCCAGCCAUAUGAGCUUCUUCAGAAUGGCUUCCAAGGCAAAGCUGAACGUGCAGUCCUUCCCACGGCCACCUCUCCUGGAGAAGACGCCAAGGCAUCUUCAGAUCAAGUGGAAUGGACAUCUCAUUGCUGACACAAACGACGCAUAUUGGGCCCUCGAAACCCACCACCCGCCUACUUACUAUCUGCCGCCCUCGUCUAUCAAGGUGCCCCUCACAAAGACGAGACGGACGACCUACUGCGAGUGGAAGGGCGCUGCCACCUACUGGAGCAUCGCCAACCCGGAGACCUCGUCCGAGACAGUUUCAAACAGAAUCUGGUCCUAUGAGAGGCCCACUAAGGGGUUCGAGGAUAUCAAAGACUACCUUUCUUUCUACGCUGGUCCGUGGGACUGCUUUGUUGACGGGGAGAAGGUCGAGCCCCAGCCGGGAGACUUCUAUGGCGGUUGGGUUACCAGCGAUAUCGAUGGUAUCGUCAAGGGUAAGAAUGGGAACUGGGAUCCUGUAUUGUAAGGCCGGCUGAAACUUAUGUGUACACAUGCUUUUUGUGUACUUGUUGAUUUCAACGAUUGAAUGCACGACUACGACUCUUGCGCCCCA